UUUGUUUGACAUGUUGGAGUACUUGACAUUAUUUGUUUCAAGUUAUAUGCUGGUAUUCGUUUGUGGGAAUCGAAUAUUGGACUCUCUAAACUUCAUGAGGCCGCUUCCGAAAAAUUCUGAAGGCCUCAACCUAAAUGAUUCUUGUUAGUGUCCUCAAAUUAUACCUAUGUGUGUGACGGUAGACAUGUUCAUGAUUCACGUUCAUAUUUUAUUCACCCUUUUCUGUGUUUCGUUGUGUCAAGCUCAAAAUUCAGUGGCUCUUCAGUAUUUCGGGUCAUUAGAUAACUACCAAGUGAAUGCGGUUCCGACGAGUGAGUCGAAGUACCCGUGGAUAGCGCGCGUGAUACACUCGCGCAGUUCGUACGUCCCGCACAUGUGCACCGCGGCCUGCAUCGACGAGGCCAUCUUCGUCACUGCUGCCCGAUGUAUUUUUAAUUUAAAAGUAAACUACACGAGAGUGCUAUACAACUCGAAAUUCUACGACACUUUAGCGUUUGUGGUGCCUUCGGUGCCGACCAAACAGGCUUACGAUGACAUAGGUUUCAUAGUGGUUCGCGCAAAGAACACCAAGUCGUGGCAAGUGAUCAACCUGUUUAAUGGAGCCAACAGAACUGACGGAGCGUACCAAUGGUUCGCGAAGCUCGACAUGUUCUACGGCCCGAUGAAAUACAAAGUUGUUGGAUACGCUAUGAGAAAGUGGAUUAACAAAAUAAGAGUGCCAGAGAGGCAUUAUGACCUAUCAGAACUUGACGUCGUGGUGAAUUUAGAAAUAUGUAACAAAAUCCUGGCGAAGAAAAAAGCUAAAAUACUUUUCCGCGUCCCAUGCUACCACUCGUGUACCGCCGAAGAGUUUGAGAAGAAUAAUGCCAAAUGUAACAGAUAUCAUGGGGUGGAAGGUGGCGCCCUCAUUGACACAAUAUCCAAUAAACUAGUAGGGAUUGCGACAUGGGGCAUUAAUUACGAUAAAUAUGAAGUACCGGUUGGUUUCUCUGUGGUGAAUUCAGAGAAUUUCUUCAAAGAUUACCGUUGUGCAAAACUGAUACGAGACGAUAAAGGUUCGUUAGAUGUGAAGGGGUAUUACCAAAGUCUGUGCGAUGAUUAAAUUGUUACUUUUAAG